UUAUGUGUGCUUGUCGUGUACAUGUAAAAUAUUUCUUUCUUUUAGCCAUAAACUUUUAUUGCACUAGAAAAAAAUAGAAGUUAUGAACUAAUCUCAGUUAUUUGUUAAGUGUGUUAUCAUUUGUAAAAAGUAUACACAAUGGAUUCAUCUAAAGAUAGUAAGCGACGACGAGACAAAUACGAGGAAGAUGAUGAACGCAGGCAAAAGCGGUCCAGAAGGGAACGGUCUAGAUCUAGAUCAUAUGAGGACAGGCGCGAUAGAGAUUCCAGACGUAAACGUAGGCAUUCUAAGUCCCGAUCACCCGAUGUUCCAGUCAAAAAUGAAAAGUUUGACAAUGGACCACGUAGAGACUCUGAGAAGCUAAAGGAAGUCCCUGACAGGCCCGAAAGAAAGGCUAAAGAGACGGACAUGUUGAACACGAGAACAGGAGGUGCCUACAUACCGCCAGCACGUCUGCGUAUGAUGCAAGCCCAGAUCACAGAUAAAUCUUCUAUUGCAUACCAAAGAUUAGCUUGGGAAGCUCUAAAGAAGUCCAUACACGGCCACAUUAACAAAAUCAACGUCGGCAACAUCGGUAUUAUAAUUAAAGAAUUAUUGAAAGAGAAUAUUGUGCGUGGUAGAGGUCUGCUGUGUCGUUCAGUGAUACAGGCCCAAGCAGCUUCACCAACCUUCACUAAUGUGUACGCAGCGCUCGUGGCUGCCGUGAAUUCCCGCUUUCCUAACAUCGGAGAGUUGUUUAAAAGGUUGGUGAUACAGUUCAAAAGAGGUUUCAAACGUAAUGACAAAGCAAUUUGUAUAUCAUCCGCCUCAUUUAUUGCGCAUUUAGUGAACCAGAGGGUUGCUCACGAGAUCUUAGCUUUAGAAUUGUUAACAUUACUUGUAGAGACACCUACAGAUGAUUCUGUGGAAGUGGCGAUUGCUUUAAAGGAAUGCGGGCAGAAACUGACCGAAGUGUCUUCAAAGGGAGUUAAUGCUAUAUUUGAGAUGUUGAGGAACAUCCUCCAUGAAGGCCAAUUGGACAAGAGGGUGCAGUACAUGAUUGAAGUGAUGUUCCAAGUGUGGAAGGAUGGAUUUAAGGAUCACCCAGCCCUGAUUGAGGAGUUAGAGUUGGUGCCUGAAGAGGAACAGUUUACACAUUUGUUGAUGCUAGAUGAUGCUACGGACCCACAAGAUAUCUUGAAUGUCUUCAAAUUUGAUGAUAAAUAUGAAGAAAAUGAACAGAAAUAUAAAACAUUAAGCAAAGAGAUCCUCGGCUCUGAUGGGGAAUCUGGUGAGGAGGAUGGUUCCGGAGAGAGUGGCAGCGAGGAGUCUGAAGAGGAAGAGGAAGAAGAGAAAAAGGAAAUGACCAUUAUUGACAACACAGAAACCAAUUUAGUAGCACUGAGACGCACCAUUUACCUCACAAUCAACUCCAGUUUGGACUUUGAAGAGUGCGCACAUAAGCUCAUGAAGAUGCAGCUCAAGCCUGGACAGGAAGUGGAACUCUGCCACAUGUUUCUCGACUGCUGUGCUGAACAGAGAACAUAUGAGAAGUUCUAUGGACUAUUAGCCCAACGGUUCUGCAAUAUCAACAGAAUGUACAUAGGUCCGUUUGAGGAAAUAUUUAAGGAUUCCUAUGCAACUGCUCAUAGAUUGGAUACUAACAGAUUAAGAAAUGUAAGCAAGUUCUUUGCGCAUCCUUUCACUGAUUCCAUCAGUUGGGAGGUUUUAGAGUGUGUCAAAUUGAAUGAGGAAGAUACUACAAGUUCAAGUCGUAUUUAUAUCAAGAUUCUGUUCCAAGAAUUAGCUGAAUAUAUGGGUUUAAAGAAAUUGAAUGACCGUCUCCAAGAUCCAACAUUGCAGAGUGGUUUUGCAGGUAUAUUCCCGCGGGAUAAUCCAAGAAAUACCCGGUUUUCUAUCAAUUUCUUCACAUCUAUUGGAUUGGGAGGAUUGACGGAUGAGUUACGUGAACAUUUGAAGCAAAUGCCAAAGAAUGUUCCAGCACCCAUAACAGAUAUCACUAUUGAUGGUGAGUCAAGCUCAGAUUCCAGUUCGAGCUCCAGUUCAAGCAGCAGUAGCUCCGACUCCUCGUCCAGUGACUCCAGCUCUAGUGAAGAUGAAGACAAGAAUAAGAAGAAAAAGAAAAGAAAGAAAUCAAAAAGAAGAGCAAAGAUAAGACGCCAAAAACUCCAGAAGAAAACAAUGAUGCGGAAAAAAAUAAAAAUGUUGAAAGAUGGGGCCAUGAUGGUUUCUAUGACACAUAUGGCAAAGAUGCUCGCAGGAUGGAAUCCAGACCUGACAGGGACAGCGAAAGAAACGACAGAGAUCAAUUCACUAGACCUCGCGACAUCAGACAAGGUGACAGAGAUUGGAACAAUGAUCAACAAAAUGGUGAUAGCAGAAGAAGAUUUGAUAGAGACAGAUCUGAUGAUCCGCGCAGAGGUAAUGAUAGGAGACGUGAUAGAAGUCCAGAUAAUUCGAGAAGGGGACGCGUUAAUGAUACAGGGUCUGAAGAAAGUAAAAGAUAUGAUGAUUUUAGGACUAGGCGACGUGACAGAGAUGAGGAUGACAGGGAAUUUAACAGAGUUGUUAGAGAAGCUGAGUCGAGAGAAUCUAACAAGCGAAGCAGUAAAGAUAACACCAAUGAAUCAAACAGGAAGGCUAAAGAAGACGAAGGUCGAGAUUCAAGAAGGCGAGUGAGAGAAGAUUAUGCCAGUAACUCAAGUAGACGACCAAGAGAU